AUGGCGGGGCGGCGGCGCGAGCACACAAAGGAGGCGGCGUCAGCGGGGAACAAAAAGCUGGCCGGGGCCUCCCCUGAACGGCCCUUGCCGCCCUGUCCGCCUCCCCGAGUGACCUUGGGCGCGUCCGCCCCCACCCCAGCUUCGGUUUCUCCAGCUGCGCUACAACUAAACGCUGGGACCGCAGCCCGCCGGGGCGGCGGAGGCCCUCAGCGAGGCGUUCGUACGUCCGUCGCCUGCGCCGCGCCGGGCUCACGCAGCCACGCGGACAGCUGGGCGGGCUCGCGGGCUCGGGGGAGGCCCGGCCGGGCGUCCGGCCCGAGGGGGGUUGGCUGCGCUCCGGAGGGCCGCCGCGCCGAGGCCUCUGCAGGCCGCGAAGCCGUCCGAACCCCACACCCGCCCGGCUCUGGCUGGCCGCCCCGUCUCCGUGAAGCCAGGCUUACCUGGAGCGGGUCUGGCCCGGCAGCAGCCAACGCCGACGCAGUCCAGCGAAGAAGCACCUCCGGAAACCACGGAGGAGAAACCCUCCAGCAAGACGCCGCCGCCUCAGCAGCGAUCCACUUCCGCUCCGGAGGCCUCGGCUCCACCCCCGGGGCGUCCCCAUUGGCCGCCGCUCCUCGUACUCCCGUGGUCUACCGGUGCAGGAGCAGGCCACCCCGGACAUGCUCACAUUGGGGCUGGGCAGGGUUCCAAGAGAACAGGAGGGAGCUUGGACGCCACAGGAGGCCCAGCCUCAAAGCUGGCACCCUACAGGCCAAAGUGAGUCAGCCCAGACUCAGGUGCUGAGGGACACAGAGUGCCUCCUGAUGGGAGGUCACAAGGCAAGGAACCUGGAGACUGGAGACAUUUUGCCAUUAAUCCAUGACCCGAGGCCUGCCCUCAGGCUACAAACUCGGGAUGGCCCAAGGCCUGUUCCCACCUGGGUUUGUAUGGGGCAGGAGUCCCAUGUACUCUCAAGGCAGCUCUGAGCUGCUGCCUGGUCCCAGAGGGCAGGUAAGGACCUUGGUGUGGACUGCCAACCAGCAUCGCUGCCAGCAGCACCACAAAUGUGUUGGGCUAGCACCUCUUCCCUCUGCUCCAGGAGCCCAUCUGAGAGGUGUGAAGGGCUAUCCUCCCCUCCUGCCACGGUGCCUGCUCUGGGCACCCAUACGGACCUUCCGCCACCCUGGGAUCUGGGUAGGCAGAGCAUGUUCGAUUCAGGCCAGUGAGACUGGAGCAGAUGUUCGCACAAGGCUUCAAGGACAGAGAACCCUCCUGAGCUGGGUACCAGGGAGAGAUGACCCUUCUUCCUCUGGAUGUUGUGAGGCUGGAGCCGCUCCCAGCCUGGAGACAGAACUCCUGCAUCAGGCACAUCCUGAAGGCCACCCUACCUGUGGACUGCCAGAUGAGACCUAGUAAUUAAUUCAUCCUUUGAAACUCUCGGAGCUCCUGAGGGACUCUCUGGACAGGUCGUAGAAAUGGGUUUGAAUAACAUCACACAGGAUAGGAGAAAUGUUGUGUUUAUCUCUUUAAAUGAAAUUUAUUCUGCCCCUCA